GUGGGAGAGUCCAUCACUCACACACUGCUCUUUGCACUAACCUGCUCAAGAGAUUCCUCUCCUGACAUCUUUGAGAAACUCUCCAGUGCUCUGAUCAGAGCAGUUUCCAACCACGAAGCAUGAUGCUGGCAGGAGCCCUGUGCAGCCUCCUGCUCCUCUGCCUGGUUGAGGAGGGCACCAGCAAAGUCAGAAGAUACUACAUUGCUGCAGUGGAAACCGCCUGGGACUACACACACAGCAACCUGCUGUCCGUGCUGCAAGCUCCUGCAGGCAUUUCGGGGAACGCAGGCCCAUGGCCCCCCACACCUGGUGUCCCUCCCCGCUACAGGAAAGCUGUGUUUGUGGAGUACCCCGAUGCCUUGUUCAUACAGCCCAAGCUCAAGCCAGCGUGGAUGGGUCUGUUGGGCCCCACCAUCCGAGCAGAAGUCUAUGACACGGUGGUCAUCACAUUUAAAAACCUGGCCUCUCGCCCCUACAACCUCCACGCUGUCGGGGUGUCCUACUGGAAGGCGUCGGAGGGUGCAGGGUAUGAGGAUGAGACCAGCCAGACAGAGAAGGAGGGUGACAGGGUGGAUCCUGGGAAGACACACACAUACAUCUGGGAAAUCCAGCAAAACCAAGGUCCGACAGAGGAUGACUCAGCCUGCCUGACCCACUCCUACUCCUCCAACACCAACAGCGUGAAGGACAUCAACUCUGGUUUGAUUGGAGCCCUGCUCGUGUGCCGACCUGGGACCCUGGUGAGCGAUGGGAAUGAGGAUGUGCAGAACGAGUUUGUGCUGCUCUUCGCAGUGUUCAAUGAAGGGAAAAGCUGGUACUCUGAGCCUGGCUCCCCUGCAGCUCCUCAACCCCAGGCUCACAACAGGACAGAGCUUCACACCAUCAAUGGCUACAUCAAUGGCUCACUGCCUGGUCUCACACUGUGCCUCAAGAAGCAGGUCCACUGGCAUGUGAUCGGGUUGGGCUCUGGGCCAGAAGUCCACUCCAUCUUCUUUGAAGGCCACACAUUCCUGGUGAGAGGCCACCGUCUCAGCAGCCUAGAAAUCUCCCCCGCCACAUAUCUCACAGCCCAGACCAUGCCAGGAACAGCUGGCUGGUUUCGGAUGUUCUGCCAGAUACUGUCCCAUCAGCAAGCUGGCAUGGAAGCCCUUGUGAAGGUGGAGGAGUGUCCUGUGGAACGCCUGUUGAGGAUGGGGAUGCUGUCAGAUGAGCCAGAGGACAUGGAUUACCCUGGAGAAGAGGAGGAAACUUUUCAUGUGAUCCAAGUGCGCUCUUUUGCCAAAGACAAACCUGUGACCUGGACUUACUACAUUGCAGCCGAGGAAAUGGACUGGGACUAUGCCCCUGUGAAACCAGUGUCUCUGGACAGAAACAUCUCGAGCCUGUACCUGGAGCCUGGCCCUCAGCGCAUCGGUUCAAAGUAUAAGAAGGUGGUGUUUGUGGAGUAUGAAGAUGCAACCUUCAAGAAGCGCAAGGUGUCAAAUCAGCUUGACAAGGGAAUUCUGGGGCCUGUCAUUAAAGGAGAGGUUGGAGAUCAGUUUAUGAUCGUGUUCAGGAACCUGGCAAGCCGACCGUACAACAUCUACCCUCAUGGUCUCACUAGUGUCAGGCCAUACUACGCCAGGAAAUCCUCUCAAGUCAAAGAUGUGAAGGAUAUUCCUAUCCCCCCUGGCCAGUCGUUCACCUACAGCUGGAGCCUCACCCCUGAGGAUGGGCCAACGCAGGCAGAUCCUCGCUGCCUCACCCGUUUCUACUACAGCUCCAUCGACCCCAUCCGAGACACAGCCUCGGGCCUGAUUGGGCCCCUCCUGAUCUGCUUCAAGAAGUCCAUGGAUCAGAGGGGAAAUCAGAUAAUGUCAGACAACACGAGAUUGGUGCUGUUUUCAGUCUUUGAUGAGAACCACAGCUGGUACCUGGAGGAGAACAUCAGGAGGUUCUGCUCUGACCCAGCCCACGUGGAUACCCAGGACCCACAAUUUUACGCCUCCAAUGUGAUGCACACUAUUAAUGGCUUUGUAUUUGACAACCUCCAACCAAAACUCUGCCUGCAUGACGUUGUGUACUGGUACGUCCUGAGUGUUGGGGCACAGACAGAUUUCCUCUCCAUCUUCUUCUCCGGAAACACGUUCAAGCGCAACAUGGUCUUUGAGGACGUGCUUACCCUCUUCCCAUUUUCUGGAGAAACAGUCUUCAUGAGUUUGGAAAAGCCAGGUGUCUGGACACUAGGGUGCCUGAAUCCUGAUUUCAGGGACCGAGGGAUGCAUGCCAAGUUCACGGUCUCAAAGUGCCAGUAUGAGCAAUACCCUGAAGAGGAGGAUUAUGUGUACGCAGAUGAGGAGCAGGACACCUUUGAAUUCCAACCCAGGGGCUUCUCUGAAACAAGGAGGUGGCACAGGCCAUGUGUGAACAAGCAACUGAACAACAUCACCUCUUCCAGCAAUGAGACAGAGAAGACAAGAUUGUGCUUGACAGAACCCAGACCUGGGGCCCUCCUGAGCAGCGGCAGGACUUCUGAUCCCUCUUCCAAUGGCACAUCAACAUUUUUAGAAAUGAUGCCAAAUCCCCCUGAUAUUUCCAUGUCUUCUUCAGAGGCAAACUAUGAGCCAGUGUCCUAUGAAUCCUUCCUGGAAGAUGAAGAAUCAUCAAAAAUCAUCAGCCAGGGUGAAGGAUUUGGAGCUGUCCCACCUGGAGAACCCUUAGUGAGUGUCAGUGGAAGGGUCCAUGGUACUGUGAGUUCAGAAGAAGGUCAGCAAUGGCUGCACCAAGCCAUGCCAGCUCCAGAAGAUGCUCUGGCAGGAACAAACGUGAAAAAAAUCUCAGAGGUGCAGGAGCCAGUAAAAGCGAUGGUCCAGCCUGGUGGUAUGAGAGAAAUCCUGGAAGCAGAGCCUCAAAAGACAACUACUCAUGCAACAAGCUUCUGGGACUCAAUUGCUGCAAGCAAAUCUCCUCUUCAAGAGAGCAGGAGCUCAUUUCACCAGAAUGACCUGGAGCACAACCUGAGACUUCAAGACAUGUCUUCACAGGGUGCUGAGGACAAGUUGCUGAGAGGGGUUGAUAAAAUAUCCUUUAAUCUAUAUGACUCAGAGGAGACAAUCAAUACAGAACCAGCUUCAAAUAUUGAUCAUAACUUUUCCUCCACACUGACAAAUUCUUCUACAUCUUCAGAUGAGACAGAACAUAACAGGACUUUUCAUGCUGUAGCUCACAGUCACACCACAGAAAGCAAUUAUUCAUCAAAUGAUCUAGAUGCUAGGCUAGAAAAAAGACCUGACAAAGUGAUUUCACAACGCUUUUAUGAAUCCUUAGAAGAGAAAAAUGCUUCUUUCUCAGACAAACCUGUACAAGAAGAAAUCUUCACAGAGGAGAAUAACUCCUUGCCUGCAGAAAGUGGCACAGAACAACAAGCCAGUGAACUUGCGAAAGGCACAAGCCUUCUAGACACCACUUUUGCACAGACCAAUGACCUUGAGCCUUCCAGCUACAUAAUGACAGAAGAGAGGGAUGAAGUAAUCUUGGAGGAAGUGUUUCAGGAUAAUACAGCCGCUAAGGAAUUAUCAGAGCAGGACAGUAUUACCUUUUCUGAAUCGAAUGUUGUGGUCAAUGACACAAGGCCAUUCCCAAACGGUUUCUUAAAGACCCGUGAGCAGUUUCUGGGACACAGAGCUCCAGCCACAAGCAUGAGUGGUCCUGACUGGAGACCUCGACCAGCCAGGUCACUGGGGAGCAGAGGCUUGGUGCAUGGUCUGGGUCUUCCUAACACCAGGCAGCCCAGCAGCAGGAAGCCCCUCUCUGAUGUUAAGAGAGCAGAGCAGGAUCUGGCCAGCCAGACCCCUGAGACAGCAGUGAAUAAGAAAGCCCCAAAGGUGUGUGGACCUCAUUCUCCUUUUUGCAGCACUCGCUUCAAAAAGAGGUCCCUGAUAUCAAGUGACGCCUUGCCUGAGGUGAUGGUGGCCCAGCAAAGCCUGGAAGGAAAAUCCAACAUGGUUGAGAGGAGACUACCCCUGGGUAGAGAUGCUCUGCAGGCUGAUGAGGUGUCUCCUGAGGGGAGGCCAAGCACAGAUGGGGGUGCACAGAGCAGCAGUGAGGAGGUCCAGCACGGCGGACGCUCCUUGCCCACACGAGGAGCAGUGGGGACUGAGGUGACAGUGGCAGGAAGCAGCCCAGAAAUGCAGGUUGCUGCUGAGGCUGCAGACCUGGCUUCCAAUUGGGACCCAGUCUCCCUGGGGGCAGCAGUGUACACGGGGGGCUUGCAGAGCCCAGCUUUGGCCGAGCUGCAGCCAGGCAGAGCUGCGGUCUGGGACGCUCCUGGGAGCGAGCAAGCUCAGGGGAGAAGCAGGAUGGAGGAAGAGACAAACUCUGUGGAGCAGCUGGGUCAGUUCAGUCCUCAGCCUCAGCAGAUCAAGGCCAAUGCCACAGAGGACUACGUGCCUGAGAGAACGUCUGGGCAAACCCCAGAAGAAAUGCCUACGAAACCAGCCUUGAGAGAGAACUGCUCGCUGUCUCCAAGUAAUCCCCCUCACAAUGACACUGCCAAAAAAGCAGCCCAAUAUGUGCAAGACAGUCCUCAUCGAUGCCAGGUGCUCGGUGGGGAAGAUGUCCUCAGAGAAGCAGGGAAGAGAGGGGCCCAGGCCCUGGGAGAGCCCAAGGAGGAUGGUGAAAGCAACAACAUAGCUGGGGAGAGGAACCAUAGCUCAGGACUCAGGGAGGAACCAGCUCUGAACAACGGGAGCAAUUCCAUCCCCUCAGGGCCAAAGGCUGCCAAGUCAGACUAUGACGAGUACAGUGACACAGAGGAGACCAUGGAGGAUUUUGACAUCUACGAGGAAGACGAGCACGACCCACGUUCCUUCCAGGGAGAGGUGCGGCAAUACUUCAUUGCAGCAGUGGAGGUGAUGUGGGAAUAUGGGAACCAGAGACCCCAGCACUUCCUAAAAGCAGCGGACCCCUGGAGCAGCAGGAGGAAGAAUUCCUGGAGGUACCGCAAGGUGGUUUUCCGGGAGUACCUGGAUGAUUCUUUCACACGGCCAGCGCAGCGGGGAGAGCUGGAUGAACACCUGGGCAUCCUUGGGCCAUACAUCAGGGCAGAAGUUGAAGAUGUCAUCAUGGUCACGUUCAAGAAUCUGGCCUCACGACCCUUCUCCUUCCACUCCACACUGACAGCCUACGAGGAGACACAGGGCACAGAGCAGCAGGGUGAGGUGGUACAGCCUGCUGAGGUCAGGAAGUUCUCCUGGAAAGUCCGCCCCAGAUGGCACCCACCAUGCAAGUUCGACUGCAAGGCCUGGGCUUACUUCUCCAAUGUGGACCUGGAGAAGGACCUGCACUCAGGCCUCAUUGGGCCCCUGAUCAUCUGCCGCCGAGGGGUGCUCAGCUUCAUCUUCAGGAGGCAGCUGGCUGUGCAGGAGUUCUCCCUGCUCUUCACCAUCUUCGAUGAGACCAAAAGCUGGUACUUCCCGGAGAACAUGGAGAGGAACUGCUUCCCUCCCUGCCACAUCCAGCAGGACAGCCCUGACUUUAAGAGAAACCAUUCCUUCCACGCCAUCAACGGCUACGUGAGCGACACACUGCCCGGGCUGGUGAUGGCUCAGCAGCAGCGGGUCCGAUGGCACCUCCUGAACAUGGGCAGCACUGAGGAUAUCCACUCUGUCCACUUCCAUGGGCAGCUGUUCAGCGUCAGGACCAGGCAGGAGUAUCGCAUGGGAGUCUACAACCUUUAUCCUGGUGUCUUUGGGACAGUGGAGAUGUGGCCCUCACAUGCUGGGAUCUGGCGGAGAGUGCAAAGUGGGGAGCACCAGCAAGCUGGGAUGAGUGCCCUCUUCCUCGUGUAUGACUCGAACUGUCGGGACGCCCUUGGUCUGGCUUCAGGCCGCAUUGCAGACUCUCAGAUCACAGCGUCGGGGCAGUACGGGCAGUGGGCUCCUCACCUGGCCAGGCUGGGUAACACUGGCUCCAUCAAUGCCUGGAGCACCGACCGCAGCAACGCCUCGAUCCAGGUGGACCUUUUGCAUGUCAUGAUUAUUCAUGCCAUAAAAACCCAAGGGGCCCGACAAAAGUUCUCCAGCUUCUACAUCUCCCAGUUUGUUGUCUACUACAGCCUUGAUGGGCAACAGUGGAAGGCAUACAAGGGAAAUACCACCAGCACCCAAAUGAGGUUCCUUGCAAAUGUGGAUGCAACUGGAGUGAAAGAGAACCGCUUCAACCCCCCGAUCGUGGCCAGGUACAUCCGCGUUAACCCCACUCACUCCACCGUCCGCGCCACGCUGCGCAUGGAGCUCGUCGGCUGCGACCUCAACAGCUGCUCCAUGCCCCUAGGAAUGGAGAGCAGAGGGAUCCCUGACCAGCGCAUCUCCGCAUCCUCCUACAGCUCCAAUGCCUUCUCCAGCUGGUCACCCUCCCUGGCCCGCCUGAACCUGCAGGGGAGGGUCAACGCGUGGAUGCCAAAGAGCAACAGUCCCAGAGAGUGGCUGCAGGUGGACUUCGAAGUAACCAAGAAGGUGACUGCAAUCAUAACCCAAGGUGCCAAAGCUGUCUUCACCCACAUGUUUGUGAAGGAGUUUGCUGUCUCCAUCAGCCAGAACGGCAAGCACUGGAGCCCAGUCCUGCAAGAUGGCGAGGAGAAGGUUUUCAAGGCAAACCAAGACUAUACAAGCACAGUGACGAACACCCUGGAGCCGCCCCUCUUUGCCCGCUAUGUGAGGAUACACCCCCGGCAGUGGCACAACCACAUUGCCCUGCGAAUAGAGUUCCUUGGCUGUGACACUCAGCAGGAGUACUGACGGCUGCGGGGCCAGGCAUGGGCAGUGCCAGCCCAGGGACUCACAUCCCAACAGACACUGAACUCACCAGGGCUGGAGCCAGCCCUCCAGGGUCCUGGAUGGCUGCCCCUGCUGCUGGGGAAGAGAAGUGCUGCAGAGCUUCACAGUGGCUGGCUCGUUAUCCGCCUUUUCCCGUCUCUCAUCUGCCAGAUGCCAUAUACUCCGAUGUAAUGCUAAAGAAUUAAACAGUAAUUUCCAGUA